GCCUCAGACUUGCACGACAACGUGAACUUGAUCGCGCUCUUCCUGCUCGGGGGAGGAGCGAUCGCUGCUCUGGCGCUGCAGGACCGCAACAUGCAUGACCUGCUCACAGUGUCCGGCUUCGUGUACAUCCUCCUCGACUCGGUCUGGAUCUUCUCCCAGCCCAAGAUCGUGAAGAGCCCGGGGAUGGUGGGAUCGCAUCAUAUCGCCACGCUCCUGGUCCUCCUCGAUCCCCUGCUGCAGCCGAAGCAUCGGGUCUACACGUCUGCAUGCCUACUGGUAGAGAUCAACACGCUGCUGCUGCUGCUGAGGAGGAGGGUGUCAUACUCUGCGAUCGUCGAAGUUCCCUUCAUCUUGACCUGGGUGCUCCUGCGGAACAUCUGGUACCCGCUCCUCAUGUUCUACUUCUUUCUCUGCUUUUCUCCGAGCACAUUCAUCCCCCUCCUCCCCUCGUCGCUCUCCUGGGUGAUCGAGAUGAGGACGAAGAUCGAGCUCCGUAAUCCCGUUCCCAUGAUGGGCGUCUCGCUCCUCUCCUGGGCCAUGGUAUGCAUAUUUCAGUUCUACUGGACA